CGAGGAGGAGGCGGAGGAGGGAGGGGGAAGGUUCUGGAGGGGAGCAGUGUUCGCCGCCAUCUUAGCGUCGCUGCCGCCGCUGCUGCUGCUUUUUGCGGCCGCAUCUGACGAGAACGCGCGAAAGACUUUCGACCCGGGACGAAAAGGCUGCCGGGGGUGUAACGGCGAAAAGGGCGGGGGAGGUGGUGUAUUUAAACAUCGGCAAUAUUAGUAAAGGCCUGUACCUAGGCUGUGAUCAAAUUCUUUACCUGCUAGAAGCCCUUCUCCACUAGCAGCUCCUGCAUCUCGGGGUGGUGGGGAGCCCACCUGUUUGGGCCAGCCAUGGAUCCGGCGUUCCCCAAUCCAUCCCAGGACCCGAGCCAAGAGGACGGCAUGGCCUCGGAUGAUUUCGAUAUUGUGAUAGAGGCCAUGCUUGAGGCCCCGUACAAGAAAGAGGAGGCCCAGCCAGGACCCUCAAAGCCACCAGCUGAUCCCCCCACAGCACAGCCACCUCAAGAGGAGCAAAGCAAGGAAGUCAAGAGAGACAGUGGCCCCAGCAGCAGUGGGGAAAGCAGCAGCAAAAAGAAGAGAAGCAGGAGUCGAAGCAAGAGCCGUGAUCACAGACACAGCCGCAGUCGGGACCGAGACCGCCACCGUAGGCGCAGCCGCAGCCGGGAUCGCCGCAGCCGUCACCGGAGCAGAAGCCGCCAUCGGAGCCGUAGCCGGGAUCGUAGGCGGGGCAGCAGAUCUCGCAGCAGAGAGCGCCGGCGGGACGAGAGAGUGCGCUACCGUAGCCCCCCACCCCCUGGGCGGCGGUUCGGGCAUAGCAAGAGUCCUUUGUACAGAGAGAAAAGCCCCCUCCGGGAGCCCUUGGGCAGCCUGAGCCCAGAGGAGCGUGAUGCCCGCACUGUGUUCUGCAUGCAGCUGGCCGCCCGCAUCCGCCCCCGUGACCUUGAGGACUUCUUCUCUGCUGUCGGCAAGGUGCGUGACGUGAGGAUUAUCUCUGACCGGAACUCCCGCCGCUCCAAGGGCAUCGCCUAUGUGGAGUUCUGUGAGAUCCAGUCGGUGCCCUUGGCCAUUGGGCUGACGGGCCAGCGCCUCCUGGGUGUACCCAUUAUUGUCCAGGCGUCCCAGGCGGAAAAGAACCGGCUGGCAGCCAUGGCAAACAACCUUCAGAAAGGCAGCGGAGGGCCCAUGCGGCUCUACGUCGGCUCUCUCCACUGCAACAUCACCAAAGAGAUGCUGCGUGGGAUCUUUGAGCCCUUUGGCAAGAUUGACAGCAUUGUCCUGAUGCGGGACCAGGAUACCGGCCAGUCCAAGGGUUAUGGCUUCAUCACAUUUGCAGAGGCCGAGUGUGCCCGCCGUGCCCUGGAGCAGCUGAAUGGGUUUGAGCUGGCCGGCCGGCCCAUGCGGGUUGGGCAAGUCACUGAGCGGCUGGACGGUACCACCGAUAUCACCUUCCCUGAUGGGGCGGAUGAGCCUGACCGGGCCGCCCUUAAUCUUGGCACCACUGGCUCCCAGCUGCAGCUCAUGGCCAAACUGGCAGAAGCAGGUUCUGGGAUCCCCCUCUCAACUACAGCAGCGGCUCAGGCUGCCCUGCAGCUCAACGGAGCGAUCCCCCUGGGAGCACUGAACCCGGCUGCCCUGACAGCUCUCAGCCCAGCACUGAACCUGGCUUCACAAACAUUGGCCUCCCAGUGCUUCCAGCUUUCGGGCCUCUUCACUCCCCAGACAAUGUAACAUAAGGCAACCCAGUUUCCCCCUGCCCUCCCUCUCCCACGGAGCCAGGAGGGAAAAGAUCAUCUCCACACCAUCGUCACCUCACUGCCCCCAUUGGAUACGAGGCAGGGGGGCGGACUCUGAAGGAAAACCCCCUGGGGCCCCUUCUUCUGUGAACUGAUUUUACUCUUGAUUUCCCUCCCACCAGGUGCUGGGGGGGUCGGCGUUCUAUCCCCUGGUUUUGGAAUCAUAAUCGGAGGGGGUGCAUUCUCCCCUUUGUGGGAACCUCAGAGGAACUGGGGGACCCAUUUCCCCCAAACUGUGGGAUUGCAGCAUCUCUUAUUUUUUUUUGCCUCCCAGCAGAGCCCAACGGGGCUGCGGCAUUGGGAUGUCCAUUUUUUUGCCAUUCCUCUUCCCCAUCUUCCACUCUCCAAUGGCGUAUUGUGGGUAUUUGCUGGAUGGCUUUCAGAAGUGGCUCAUGACAGAUGGAGUGUGCGUGUCUGUACAUAGGGAGGAAAUAAGGAAGAGUCACAAACCAGCAUUUUGGUGGGAGGCCUGGUCCUGAGGGGUACCAUUCCCUCCCCCCCUUCCCCCCCCACCCAAGCAGUGUUCUGUUAUCCCCUUUCAAUCUGUAGAGGUCGCAUACAGUGUGGGGAUGUUGUCCCUUUCCUCCCCCCUCUCCUUUUUUUUCUUGGGUCUGUAUCCUCUUCUUGGUGUUCCUGUUUCCUGCUGCACCUGCCCUUGGAAUCCCUCAGACCACCUCUUUAUUUCCUCUUCCCCAGCCUUCAAAGGUGUAUCUUGGUUUUCUUUUUAUCUGUCUCAAUUUUUUUUUUUUUUUGCUUAUAAAUGAAUAAUAAAAGUCACCAACUGUA